UCAUUUUCAUUUCUUUAGCGUUCGCGACACAUCAAUCACGAUGGAUCUUUAGCAGUCUAUAUUUUCAGGAACUGGACUAGGAUUGUCCACUAACAUUGGGGAUCGGAGAGUAUUUGACCACCUGAGAUUACAAUCUACUAACGCCGCCAUGCCAGAUGACAAGAAGGAACCGCUUCCUGAUGAUGAUGAGAUGGAUGAGGUGUCUGCCAAGGCGAGGCUCAAAGAGCUCAUGGCCGACAUCGACAUGCACGGGGUGCCCCGUAUACAGAUGGACCUACACAUUGCCAAGAAAGUCAUCUGGAUCACUGUCAUGUUCACCCUUCUAGGGGUCGCCGUCUGGCAGCUGUACACUGUGGUCGAGUAUUUCACAUCAUGGCCGACCUCCACCACAUUCGAAUACGUCUACGCUCGGGAAAAGGAAUUUCCCGCGGUGACCUUGUGUAACCUGAAUCCUGUUCGUAACUCAAGAACGACCAGGUUGCCAGACGGUUCUGCGGCAAGGACAUUUUUUGAUGCUCAGAAAGCACAGAACACCGGAAACGCUGGUCCACAACAAAGCGGGACUGGCACGUUCUCGUGGGACAACAUUAACUUCUCAGACCAACGAACCGACUACGACGCCAAAGUUUUAUUCUACCAGACAUACAUGGCCCUGUCUGAUGAGGAAAAACAAAAUGUUGGCUACGGUUUGAAAGAAAUGAUGCUGGACUGUGCGUUUAACGGAAAGACGUGUUCGCCCAGGAAUUUCACCAGGACGGUCCAUGCGCAGUUUGGAAACUGUUUUACCUUUAAUACGCCAGAUGACAAUGGUGAUGUAGCAAGUGUAAGCGCCUCUGGUCCUAUUCAUGGUUUGAGUUUGACUAUGCUUAUCGACCAGACGGAUUACUUCCCAACCAUUUCUGAAGCAGCUGGGCUGAAAGUGCUCGUACACAACCAGAAAAAGUUUCCCUUUCCCGAGGACGCUGGUAUGCUGGUGUCGCCGGGCACGGACACCCAGAUUGGGGUCAGACAGGUUGUUGUCCUGCGAGAAGUAUGGCCAUAUGGCAAUUGCGUAAACGUUACUGAUGAGGAAGCCAAAAAGAAAGAUGCCUACACGGAAUUGCUGACAGGAGUAAACUACACGGCUGAGGGUUGUGAGAAUACGUGUUUCCAGAAGAAAGUCGUCGAGGAAUGUAACUGCAAACAUGCGUUCUACGUAUACACCGGGUCAGCAUUUGAUGGUACGGACGUCCCGACAGCAGACUUUUGUAAACUUAACGAGAGAGUAACAAGGAUUUGCAUCGGACAGCUCGAAAGAAAACUCCAUAAUGGUUCCCUGACGUGUAACAAAGAUUGUCCACCAAGUUGCAUUGAUUACUCUUACCCAUCAACAGUGGCGUCAUCAACAUGGCCAGCACAUAAAAAAGAGAAAGAUGUGAUAAAUAUGUUGUCGACUACUAAUCCGGCUCUGCAGCAACUGAUUGAAGCACAAUCUACUAUAGAAGAAAAGCGGCUUUACAUGAGCGAGGAAAUUUUAAAAGUGAGUGUUUUCUACGAAGAUAUGAAGUACCAGUAUGUCGUCACAGCGCGCGCCUAUACAGUCGCGGAAAUGGCAUCGGAUCUCGGCGGAACAGUUGAGCUCUAUCUCGGCCUCUCGAUCGUCACCUUGGUGGAAAUGAUCGAGUUCUUCAUGGAUCUUUGCUUCAUCUGCUCACAGAAACGCAAAAUAAAGAAGACGAUGAAAAACAAAACCGCCCCAGCGAAGGCAUAAGAUGGCGUCAUGACGUAUUGGUUUAUCUCCAAAUAUUUCCGUUUCCUAAUUGUGUUUGAGACAGUAUAAGUUCGUCUGCAGACAAAAAGGCAAAUGAUCAAGAUAAGAUCCAGUUAUAAGAAUGUGCACUGUAAAAAUACUCGAAACGUUGUAAAUAGUUGUCGCACUUGCAAAAGGCAAACAAACCUGUGUAUAUACAAAGUCUGAAAAGCGUCACCAAAGAUUAGUGUGCACUUUUCAAUUACAAGUGUAGUUUUAUUGUUCUUCCUGGUUAUCCAUCUCGUCAGUUAUACAUGUUUGUGAUUACGUAGUUCGUGGACAUCCUUCCACGCCAUAGCUAUUUGCAUCAGAGAUACGAAGGAUUUAAUGAUCAGCGUUUUCCGUAUAGUUUUUAGGACAUACUAUUUUGUAUAUACUGUGUUUCCAUUUAGCCGGUUUUGACAAUCAGAAAACUAACAAAACCCGUUUUUACUUAUUCGUUUGUUUUAUUUUAUUUCGACAUGUAUGUGUAUAUCAAAUGUAAAAUGCACUCAUAAAACUGUUCAUGGGUUCUAGAUUAACUGUACAAAGAACGAAGAAUAAAAGAAUCACAAAUUUUAAACUGUUUCUAGAAA